AUGCAAAGAAGUGGAGGUGGUGGUGGAGGAGGAGAUUAUACUUUAACACAUAAUUCAGGUAUGGAAUAUCGUGACGAUGUUGAAAAUUGGGAUGCAUUGAAAACGUCAAACGUCGAAGAUAGAUUAAGCGAAUCCAGUGACUCCAGGCCGUCUCCAGAUUUACACAUUCCAAGAUUAAACGAAGGGAGGGAUUUGAGAUUUGAAUCUGGGUUAAGAAGGAUUUACCUUGAAUCUUAG